AUGCUCAGCUGCUGCCUCGCCGCCGCCGCUCUCAGCGGCCCCAAUUUUGUCACGCCGCUCCUCCAGUCGGGCAGUGUUGCCGACGCGCAGGCCGCCUCCCGCGUCUCACUGCCUGGCUGGAGUGGCGACCUCUACUCGGGUUUCUUCACGGUGGACGCGGCGACAGCGAGCAACACCUACUUUGUCUUUUCAAAGGCACUCUCCAAGCGCGACGACGCGCCCGUCCUCCUCUGGCUCAACGGCGGCCCCGGCGCAUCCUCGCUGCUCGGCUUUUACGAGGAGCUCGGUCCGUUUGGCAUCUCGGCGGCCGGAGAUAUCGAGCCGCGGACGGUCAACUGGAACAUGGACGCCCACCUGCUCGCGCUGGACAACCCGCUCGGCACCGGCUUCUCCUUCACCCACUCGCUCGACCGCAUGGCCACCAACCAGACCGUCGUCGGCGAGGACCUCUACUCCGCGCUCCAGCAGUUCUUCGACCUCUUCCCGGAGCUUCGCGCCAACGAGUUUUACGCGACCGGCGAGUCCUACGCGGGCAAGUACAUCCCGUCCGCCGCGUACGCCAUCCACAGCCACAACGCAAAGGCUGCGCCGCCGCGGCGGAUCAACCUGCGCGGGAUCGCCAUCGGCGACGGCGCCUUUGACCCGCCCACGCAGCUGACCGGCUUCGGCCCGCUGCUCUUCUCGCUCGGCCUCGCGGGCGGCGGAGCCAGGCCGAGCCUCGCGGACGCCGACCAGGCAAAGGUGUACGAGGCGUACGACCGAAAGGUGGAGAAGGCGCUCGCCAAGGGAGACACGGAGCUCAACGGCGACUACUUCCAGGGUACCUUCUACGCCAACACGACCGGCAUGGGAGGCAACUACUUCAACUUCGCGCAGCCCCCCUCGGCGGGGCUCGGCGACCCUCGACCCUUCGUGCGGGAGGCGCUGCACGUCGGCUCGGUGCCGUACGCCAUCUUCAACCAGACCGUGGAGACACAGCUGCUCGCCGACUGGAUGGUGGGCGUUGUGCCACAGCUGCAGGCCCUGCUCGAUCACUACCGCGUCCUGAUCUACUCCGGCCAGAAUGACGUCAUCCUCGGCCCCCCCGGCACCGAGCGCGCCGUCAACAAGCUGCAGUGGUCGGGCUCCCGCAGCUAUGCCGCCGCAAAGACGGAGCCGAUGUACGGACCCUCGGUCGCCGGAGGAGCCGCGGACCUGAUGGGGUAUGCGCGACGCGCCCAAGGCAAGUCGUCCAACUUUACGUACGUGCUGCUCCGCGGCUGCGGCCACAUGGUGCCCACCGACCAGCCGGCACUCGGUUCGCUCGAGAAGGCGCAAGGCGGCGCCAAUGCCGCCCGCUCCCCGCUCCGCGCUGCCGGCACGCCAUCAAAUUUUCUGGACGUGGGCCCUUGCGGACGCGUCGCCUGCUAG